AUGGCAGAACAAUCUACAAGCAAUGUAACCGUCGGCAUAAUGCCGAAUGGAACCUCCAGCUCUCCACUUGUGACUCGAUCACGAUUUUGGUUCGACGACGGCAACAUCGUUCUUCAGGCUGAAAGCACGCAGUUCAAGCUGCAUCGCUCUGUUCUGGCGAGCCAAUCUCCUGUGUUUAGAGAUAUUUUCUCGAUACCGCAACCAACCGACUCCAACGAGGCCACUGUCGACGGAUGUCCGGUCGUUCACCUUCAAGACUCGGAGGAGGACAUUGAGAAUCUUUGUGGCCUUCUUUACGACACUUUGCGGAUACAUACGUUCAAAAAGAAGAUGGAGCUCUCCCACAUUGGCACCAUGCUACGGCUCGGACGAAAGUAUCGCUUCAAGCACUUCCGGAGCGAAGCGCUGCAUCUCCUAGAACACGAGUUCCCUUCAGACCUUGCGGAGUCAGAUGCCAACGCAGCUGACUACCAGUAUAUCGCAAGCACCACCGGCAUUCUAUUCGAAGUCGCCUAUCUCGCCCACGAGAAUUGUAUCAAGUCCGUCCUUCCCGGUGUAUACGUCCUAAUUUGCUUGAAUCAUUCCCCUCAAGCAAUGAAAGAAGGCUUCGACCUCCACCGCGAAAAAUACGGCCACUUUUUGCGCACCGAAGAGCCUCUCUCUUGCCUCCUCGGGCGGGAACACAUCCACCGCGCCGUGUCCCAAAAGACCCUCGCGUGGCUGUACGACGGCUCUAUCCCCUGCUCCAAAUGUGUCAACGUUGCCGCUUGCAACCUUGCGCGCACAAACCACGUCCUGGACAUAAUGAAACGCAGUAUCCAGUCCGCGAUACGUUUUUUUGCUGAUACCUGGCUCCAAAACAAGCUCAGCGCGGGGUUGUGCACAAGUUGCUCUGGAGUCGCAAUGUAUGCGUAUAACACCGCUCGAGAGGAAGUCUGGCACUCCUUACCAGAGUAUUUUGGGCUCAACGCACCUAUUUGGGACGGGGACGAUGUUGACGAUGAGGAGGAAAAGGAAGAUAUGGACUAG